CCGAAGCUUCACACUCCACCUUGACAAUUGGCCUUGGAAAUCUGUCACGAUGUCUGACGACCAGGAACUCGUUACCAAGCCCUUCAAGUUCGUGACAGCCCGCACCGAUGCCCGCUUUCCGAACCAGAACCAGACCAAGCACUGCUGGCAGAACUACGUCGACUACCACAAGUGCCUCAUUGCCAAGGGCGAGGACUUUGCUCCCUGUCGCCAGUUCUUCCUGGCCUACCGGUCUCUAUGCCCCUCGGGAUGGUACAAUCGCUGGGAUGAACAACGCGAGGCCGGAAACUUCCCCGUCAACCUUAACGUAUAAGGGUGGAUGUUGUAGAAGUAAUGGAGGGCCUCAAGUAGGCGAGACGUAGUUUCGGGCAAGUGUAUUAGGUCCCUGCAAUGGCGAGAUAUCACAUAGACAAUUGGAUGAGGCAUCUUCCGCUGCACCACAAACUCGGUUCAUAUACUGAUCUGUCUUUGAAAUGGACCAACGCUUUCGCCGAUCCCAAAAAGAAGAAAAUAAGGACAACGUCAAGACCAUGUGUCUGUUUCUCGAAAACGCCAUGAAU